UACUGAGAUCUUCCAUGUCGACGAGCGCAGCGCACCGAUCGGUGUCACUUGAACUUUAUCAGUUCCGUCACAUCGUGUAGAAAUGCUGUUUUUGAAGCGUCUGCGGUGGAUGCUUCAUAGAUACCACUACAAAGUGGAAUUUAAAGUGUAAUGCGCUCCUUAAAACAGCUCGUAUUAACUGGGCUCCCGGCACAGCUUGGCAAUUUGAUCAGAAGGACAGUUACACUCGGGACUGGUAAAUCUUUUGAAAUGACAAAUGUAGGAAUUAGACUCUAGGAAACGAGGUCCAAGAUCGGGGCUAAAAUCGCUCACUGAGCAUCAGGUCAAAGUGGAAGGCAGCGGACAUCAACUUUUUUCUUUCAUUUAGCAGAAAACAGUGAUUACAAAGUAGUAUUUAGUUUCCCGAGGGCGACUUCAAAUGCUAAACACACGAAACUCAAUAUAAUCGUUCAUUUUAAGUAUUUGCGGAGAUGUGUUCGUGGCAGUAAAAUGUUUUUUUCAUUAUUUUAAUGUUUUUUUUUUCUUAGGACUUUAAUAAACUGAAUAUAUUAGAGGAUGCCGAAUUUAAAUAAGCUAUAAAGUAACAUUACAAUUUAUUUUACAACAUGAAUCAUCGCUGUGUUAUUCUACAAAUACAUGUCUUCUUAACACCGAUCUUGUUACUGGAAUUUCCAAGAACGGGCUGAGCACAACUGAAAUAACAACGGCUUCGACAUGAUUAUUACUCGAGUCGUUUCAUGCAUUAAAUCGACCCCUCGCGAAAGCUUUUCCAAACAACAUUCGGCGUCCACGUACUUCAUUAAGCAAAACCAACAGAGAGAAAAGACGCUACUUCGUUCGUGCGGAUGUGGUGGCGCGAGGCAGCGCGCGAAAAAAUAAGUUACGUCACAAUGCGACCAAAACGCGCUGGCGCGCUGGCUGCGCGCGCCAUCUCUGCAACUCGAGCGGUCUGCGCGGGUAGGCGCGCGCCGGACACUCAAGGGAAAGAAGAGAGAGCGAAAAAAAAAAAAAAACAACAAUAACGAAAAGCAGGAGAAGAAAAAGAAAAAGGCAGAGGAAACAGAGCGGGACCGCGUUAAGAUGUGAGGUGGUGUAUUAGAGAGUGGACACCCGCGAUCCAGAGCCGCUUCUUCUUCUGCCGCCGCCGCCGCCACCGCCACCGCCGACGCCGCCGCCGCCGCGAAACCCGCGCACGUGCGCUGCUUCUCGCGACCAGCGAACAUCAUGGACGCGUCCGCCAAAGUGCAGCGGCGCAGCAAGCGCAACAUGGACAAGUUCGAGGAGCGGCUGGCCGAGGAGGUGCGCAAGUACAGGAACCUGUACGACUCGUCGCUGAAGGACUACAAGAACAGCCAGAUGACGAUGAACUCGUGGCGCGAGAUCGCCAAGAUCCUGGGCACGGACGAGCACUACUGCCGCCACAAGUGGAAGUGCCUGCGCGACCGCUUCGUCAAGGCCACCAAGCGGAUGGAGGGGCGCGCGGGCGAGGCGGUCGCCGACUCGGACAUGCCCUACAUCUGCAUCACGCUCUUCUGGCUCUCCAGCUUCGUGAAGCCCGGCAAGUUCAGGAGGAACUCCUCGGAGUCUGAGGAGGUGUCCAGGAAGAGGAAGCUGGAGUCCGACGACGACGAGUUCAUGGACUCCCGGCUGGAGGGCUUCGAGAGGCGCAGGGACGAACUGGCGGGGGAGAACGCCGAUGAGGACGCCAGGUUCGCCCAAACCGUCACCGACAUGCUGAGGAAACUUCCUCCGCAGCAGAAGUCCCUGGCGAAGUUCAAGAUCCACCAGCUGCUCUUCGAGAUGGAGCAGGCCCAGUACGGAGCCCAGAGCGAGCCAAAGUCGUAGCUCUCCGCGCCCUGCAUCGACCGUAGUUUGCAAUGUGAAUAACUUCUCUUUUUUUGCUAUUUGUUAUACAAAUAUGUAUUUUUAUAUUAACAUUUACAUUUUGGAAGUAUCUGUUUUGACAUUGGCUGGAACACUUUAAAUAAUUGUCCUCUCCUUUAUGGUACCCUUGAAAACUGAACAAACUCAUUUAGCUGCAUUCCUUCCAAAUGAAAAAUAAAAGCAGUAAAUGUGAAAUCGAGGUCUUCCGCUAAGUGUUACUGCUUUCCCUGAUGCUGGUCCGCUAACGUACGUCUCCCAGAGGUGAGCGAAACACACCUUGCUGCUCGGCGCAUCGCUAAAGACACACUCCAGGUGGCGUCCGCCUGUUUCGUGAACAUUUCCUGCCUGUCCCUCCGGCCGCUGCCCACUCUGCUGUUGGAAGGCUGGACCUUGUGAGGUACAUUUUUUGUCCACCGCACGAACAGGACCUGCACAGUGUCUUCCGUUACACGUUCAGGAGGGGCAACCGGAGAUCCCCCAACUCAACACUGCAGAUAAGUGCUCGUAUCCAGAGUGCACCGCAGUGGAUACUGAGUGUGCUCUCCUGAAAAGAGUUGUCACCACAUGCCUGGCCUUUGUGCCUGGUGAGAGUUUCUUGUGGUCUCUUCAAACUGCCACAAGGAGUAGGCCACCCACCUUUUACUCUAUGAUCCGGUUGCAAGUUUUUC